UCAAACGAAGAAAAAGAAGGAUGAACUACUACAGAAGAGGGUUGAAAUGAAGUCGGACCGUAAAGCCCGGGCCAUGGCUUCCAGAACCAAAGACAAUUUCAGAGGCUACAAUGGCGUCCCAGUUGUAGAAUUGCCUAAGAAAAGGAGAACAAAACAAGAAAUGCAGGAAGAAAGAGCAUUGAAUGGCGAAGGAUUUACGAACAACUCCAUUGACCCAGAGGAUGAGGAUAAUUAUGAGUAUGAGCCUUCAGAUUCAGAGUCGGAGCAGGAGCCAGAACCACGGAGACCUGCAAAAACCCCUGGAUUUAGUGCUAGUAGCAGGAGCAGUAGUAGCAAGCAAUCCUCUAAAAAGCCUGCUCCACCUCCAUUGAACUUUGCAGAGUUACUCAAAUUGGCAGAGAAGAAGCAGUUUGAGCCAGUUGAGGUAAAAAAGGUAGUGAAAAAAGAAGAUAGGCUCCGAACAGCUGAAGAGAUAAGGGAGCGGGAGCUGGAGCGCAAGGUUAAGAGAAUGGACAGAGACUCAAAGACAGAGAGAGACAGAGACAGCAAGUCUCAAUCUAGCUCUAGUAAAAUGAGGAAAAACACUUCUGAGAAGGAGCAGAAGAAUGGUAAACCCCAAAAUAACUCCUCAGUAAAGCCAAGUUUGCCCUGUGGCUCAGCGAAGAAAUUGCAUCCCACAUCUUCUAGUGAUAAAGGCCACUCUUCUUCUAGGCCCUCUGUUAAUGACAGAGACAGAGAUCAAUCCAAGAUGUCUAACAGUGUCAGAGAUCGAUCCAAGAUGUCUAACAGUGAAAGAGAUCGAUCCAAGAUGUCUAACAGUGAUAGAGACCGAUCCAAGAUGUCUAACAGUGAUCGAGACCGAUCCAAGGCAGCCUCAUCAAGUGCUUCUGGUGCCACAAACAGUAAAGUUCCUUCAAAAGGCUCAUCAUCUCAGGUUUCAGCCAAACAAGGGGGGCUCAAGCCCUCAUCCAGCCACAAAUCAAGUGCCUCAAGUGACCUUAUCCCCAAAAAAGAAAGCUCAUCAAGACCCUCAGGCAUUCCUGGGACCAGGGCUCCUGGUCCAUCUACAUCAGGCCAAAGAUCUCAACAGGGGAGCUCCCAACAGAACAGGCCCAAUCAGGGUGUGAAGCAAGGACCUUCAGCCGGAGGAAACAAGUCUGGAAAGGGAGAACCUCUGAGGCCUGGAACUAAUUCUGCUGGAAAGUCAAGUGGUAAUUCAGGGAUGAGACCUUCUUCGGGGGGCCCUCCUAAGGCAGGGGCCCAGCCCCAGUCAAGGCCUGGAGGCACAUUCCAUGCAAAAGCUCUUGGUGUCCCACAGGCCAGGCCUGGUGGGAGUGGCCCAAAUGGUCCCCCUAGAGGAGGUGGACCCCGACCGCCAGGGACGGGGCCUGCUCGGACUGGCAGUGGAGGACCAGUAUCUGGACGGCCCUCGGGCAGCGUUGGAUCUGGCCCUGGAAAAUCCACGUGCACUGUGGUGUCCGAGACCAUUUCAUCCAAGAAUUUUGGUGGGCCAAAACCAGGAGUCCCUCCUCAACCAGGCAUGCAGCAGAGACCAGGCAUGCAGCAGAGACCCGGCAUGCAGCAGAGACCCGGCAUGCAGCAGGGACCCGGGAUGCAGCAGAGACCCGGCAUGCAGCAGAGACCCGGCAUGCAGCAGAGACCAGGGAUGCAACAGGGACCCGGGAUGCAACAGAGACCAGGCAUGCAACAGAGACCCGGGAUGAACAGACCACCAGUCCCAAGGUUACCGCCAAUCACCUCUGCAUACAAGAGGAAAUACGAGGAUGACGAGGACGAGUAUGACUCAGAAAUGGAGGAUUUUAUUGACGAGGGAGAAGACGAACAAGACAUUUCCAGGCAUAUUAGGGAAAUCUUUGGAUAUGAUAAAAACAAAUACAAGGCGGACGAGAGUGACUAUGCACUUAAAUUCAUGGAAAGCAGCUGGAAAGAUAUGCAGAAAGAGGAGGCCAGGACCCUGCGAAUGGCCGUGAAGGAAGAUCAGGAGGAGGAGGAAAGAGAACUACAAGAGCUGAAAAGGCAAACUGCCAAGAGGAAAAAAAACUGAAGCCCCUAUUUUCGUUGAGAUUAAUGAAAAACUAAAAAGCUGUGUCCCAUGAGGUCUGCCAUGAGGCCCAGUGACUGUGCCCACCUCGGCCUCUGUGGGACAAAAACUGUGGAACGACACGUGACAUUGGCCCAGAGAAAAAGAGAAGACUGUUAGUCAAAGACAACAUAUGCACAAAUCAUUCAGGCAGUACCCUGUGACAAAGAUCUCAUAUUUUCCCUGUUUUAUUAUUUAUUACCCCCACUGAGUGACGGGUUUACACGGUCAACAGUCUCACAUUUCUUAAAAGGAACUGAGAACUAUAAAUAUGGAAGAGUGAUAUUUUGCAGACAAACAAUGACAUACAGGUGUUGAUAAAAUGCUAUUUUCAGCAGAAAUUGUUGCAUAUUUUUCCAAAACAAAUGAUUGUAAAGUAAUUACAAUAUGCAGAAACACACUUUACCACUUGAUGUGUUGUUUGUUUCUCUUUUAAAGGGAGUUUAGAGAAAUUAUUGCUUAAAGGGUUUUAUUUAAAUGUCUAGCUUUAUGUUAACGUUUUCUCGACAAUCCUAGUAAUAUAUACAGAACUUGGGUACCACUACAAGUGUCAUUUAUAGAAAAUGGUAUGAUUUUAGGUUAAAGCAAUGAAAUAUUAUUUUGCCAUU